CCGUUGAACAGCGGGCAGAAUUCGAAUAGAAUUCGCUGUGGAUUGCGCUUCAAUAUUACAGUAAAUAUUACGAUAAAAAUCGGGGAGGCAAAAUGCCGAUGAAGAGAUAUUCGCAAGGCGUCUCGAGUGCGGGAGUUCUGUUGAUUAUUCUGGUGGCCAUGGGCAACACGGUGGAGGUGUUGGGGAGGACAGUGGCAGCGCCGAAGGGAAGGAAAGCGAAUGUGCUGGAGAGGGUCUUCCGGCUGGAGGCCAUGAAGAGGUGCAGGGGGUUCACCUGCAAGGGCCCGCAGAACAGGACCUAUCACAUUCUGGAUCUGCUUCAUGAGCAGGGGCACAUACCCCCGGCGUCUUUCCCGACGAUAACGCCGGCUUAUCUGGUGGUGCAACGCUGCGAUGGACACGCCGGCUGCUGCGAGUCACCAGCACUCACGUGUCUGCCCAAGACUCAUGCCCAGGAGGAGAUCGAGAUAUUCAAGCAGGAGGUCCAGGGCCCCAAGCAGUUCGUCAGGAUCACGGUCGAGCAGCACACCUCGUGCGAAUGCCGAUCCGCUAAUAAGACGUAUCGCGAUCAGCUUGAACUGCUCAAACCGAACAUCUCGCUUUACGAUGACUCGAAUAGCUAAUUGCGGAGGGAGGGGUGCGGGUGAGGGCUGGUGAGCAAAUGGAAUUAGUGGACGAGGUGAACGUCUUCGGGGGGAUUUCGGGGGAGGAAGGGGCGGCACGGGAAACGGUUUGGGGAGGCCCUCGUGCUUCGGCUAUUUUUUUUCCUGGGGGAUGGUUCUCUGAUUUUCGAGUCCAAGGUUUCGGUUGAGCCCGAUUUGAUGAUAAGUUUUCGGGGGUUUUAGAUUGGUUCUGUUGUUUAAAGUUUCGUGGGCUGAAUUUCAAGAUCGAUAUGGAUGCGUUUUAAAGCAUUUUAAAAAUGUGAGAAAAAUUUGAGUUUAGUUUUGGAGGGAGAUUGGUGGAAUUAUUUAGAAAGUGCAGUUUUUGAAAGGUACGGGCAUUUUCUGUGAAUAAUUUAGGAACAAUCAAUUUUUCGUUGGAAAAAUCAUUUGUUUAAAAUCGUAACAA